GAUGAGCCAUCAUGGUUCCACAAAGCGCGAUCGUUCUUCCAGGCGGGACGAAACUUCUGAAAGAAUAGAACUAUCGCGUUCGCACUCAGCAGGGCGAGGAGAAGAGGUGCAUCUGGAAUUUGGUCGUCCUCCAAAUAUCCGGCCUCCACCACAAAUCUAUGUCCAACCACCACUUGAUCCAACCUACGUCCAGAUACCGCCUCCUUUCGAACCCGGAAGAACGACUCAUCAUGAGGGAGCGACCAGAUAUCCUACAAGGGAGGAUUAUCAUGGACCCCAAAGGCGACGACAGCGAACCGACAACUACGCAAACAUCGAACGUGAGAGGGGUCAUACUUACGCGAUCCGUCCAUCGCACGAUGAUAGUGGUCCGAUGCCCAAUAUUUCUCAGAACUACAGACCAUCACAUUCGCGUCCCGAGGCAUAUGCAACCUUUACACAAAUACCAGAUCUGCAGUAUACCACGCACUCAAAACCGCUUCGGACCGACUCCCAUCGCCGCGAACGUAUACACAGCAGACACGAUGAACCAAAGAUUCCUCACGGUGGGGGCGGAGGAGACGGCGGCGGCGGCGAUAUUCAAACAUCAGCGGUCGAACAGGCGGAACCAGAUGCACCUACACUGAACAAAAUCAUGAUAUGUGUGUACAGAAACAGUAAGCGGCAGUUCGUACAGAAAGAAGUUUGGAUGUUGAAGCCAGACCACAAAAAGGACAUCUUCCUGGAAACGUCUGAGCACCUUCGCAGAGAUCCUGCUUUCCGCAAAGCCCUUCGCACAGAUGCUGCUUUCUUCAAGGAGAUCAAACAACGGUAUAGGUAUCAGUUGCGAGGAACUUUCAGACGAUAUUUCAGCUUCAAGACCGUGAGCACUGUAAGGGUUCUAGGGUAUGGAAACAACAUAUUCGGGCUGGCGGAUAUCAACGAGAAAGUGUUUUCGCCAGUCUUCAUGCGAGCAUACAACAAUCCCAGGCAAUCUCUGAUAGACCGCAGAGACAAUCCAAGGGAUCCGAGACUCGAAUUCAAUACCUGGGUUGGGUGGUUCUGGCUGAAACGUCGAGCAUUUGUUCUGGACAAGAAAGUCGACUUGGCCAUUGAGCUGGUGGAGGCUUACGAUCCAAAUCGCGUAUUGGGUGGGAUAGCCAUUGCACUGACUAUCUACCUCGCCCUGACCAUCACAUGGCUGGCUCUAGGUGGCGAUCCGUCGUACGUUGCCGGAGUCAUGUCGUUCNUCCUGGUUGGCUUGACUGGCCUGUACGACUGGCUAGACCUAGGCCACAUGGGUGGUGGCAAAGACUUCCUUGUUCUCGACGAGUACGAGCUUGACAACCUGGACAAGGACGGCUGGGGCGGUCCUCUC